CGCUUUUCGUAAAUAAACCUGCAGUUAUACGCUUUCUCAAAUUCUGUGCUGCAUUGCGUUUACUUAAUCGUUUACUUGAGGUCGUUUGAUAUAUAUUAGAAUAUUAAUUUUUGCAUCUCGCUUUUGAAGAAUUUUACAGGAAGAUACGUUGUGCAUUGUUGCGGACCUUAAGUUGUAAUUACUGCCUUCUACACGAAAUCGAAUAAAAUAAUGGAUUUAUUUGGCGGAUGUGUGGAUUUGGCGGGCGGUGUCGGUCAGUGCUUUCCGCCGGUGCUCAGUGAACGCCAGUCGCUGCGAUCAUCGUCCUCCAGCGAAUCCGAAUACAACACAUCGGAAGUGCGUAAGGAGAAAAAGAAGCCGGCCGGUUCAUGGAGCCCGUUAGCGCGCCGCUCCUCAUACUUCACCGGCACCGCGUCACACCCGGCCAAAGAAGAGGCCCGUGUCCCGGUUAUUCCGAUCAUUCCCAUCCUGCCGGAAGAAAAUUUCGGUACAUCCCCGAAGAAAACCGACAUUAUCCAGUACAAGUACACCCCGGAACGACCGCCCCUGUCGCCGGUGGAACGCUCCAUGUACAGUCUGGCGGCCGAACAGGAAUUCCAUGAGAAAUGGAACCGACCGGUUGUCUGGUGACCUCCGUGAAUUAAUUCGCCAUAAUAAUCUACUUUUUUUCUAGUAUUCACAUUUUGCUUAAUCAACCGCUUUGACUAGUCGAUUUGAAUUUAUUUUUAUACACCACAGCAAUAACUACAAAAAGAUCCUUUCAGUUCAAUUUCGGCGCUUAAUUAACCGGCUACUGCAUAUGUUUCUACGCUACGCAAUUACUAAUUGUCUUCCUUACAUGCGGUUGUAUAAAGUACUUACGUCAUAUGUUUUACUUUGCCGUAAGCGCACUGGUAGCGCUUUUUCGUGUACGCUGUGUAUUAAUUAAUUAAAUGGAAUCAGUAGAUCGA